CGCCACGGUCACACUAAUUGCGGCAAAAUUUUGACGCGGAAUUAAAAGCAAAGAACGCCAGGAUUUGGGCAAACCGCUUCGCAUUAAAAUGUAUGUAAAGAAGCUAGUGCUAGAUGGAUUCAAAUCCUACGGCCGGCGCACGGAAAUUGAAGGAUUCGAUCCCGAGUUUACGGCCAUCACAGGUUUAAACGGUUCCGGCAAGUCUAACAUCUUGGAUAGCAUCUGCUUCGUGCUGGGAAUUAGUAAUCUGCAAAAUGUGCGCGCCUCGGCUCUGCAGGAUUUGGUGUACAAAAACGGGCAGGCGGGCAUCACCAAGGCCACUGUUACCAUUGUGUUCGACAACACAAAUGCCGCCCAGUGCCCGCAAGGCUAUGAAAAGUGCCGGGAGAUCUCUGUGGCGCGCCAGGUGGUCGUCGGGGGUAAGAACAAGUUCCUCAUCAACGGCAAACUAGUGCAGAACAAGAAGGUGCAGGACUUCUUCUGCUCCAUCCAGCUGAACGUAAACAAUCCCAACUUCCUGAUCAUGCAGGGCAAGAUCCAGCAAGUGCUAAACAUGAAGCCCAAGGAGGUUCUGUCCAUGGUGGAGGAGGCAGCUGGAACCAGUCAGUACAAAACCAAGCGAGACGCCACUAAAACUCUAAUAGAGAAAAAAGAGACCAAAGUACGGGAGACCAAGGUCUUGCUCGACGAGGAAGUGCUGCCCAAGCUCGUUAAACUUCGCCAGGAGCGCUCCGCCUACCAGGAGUACCAGAAGAUCUGCCGCGACAUUGACUUCCUUAUUAGGAUUCACAUUUCCGCCAAGUAUCUUAAGCAAUGCGAAACCCUGAAAACUGUAGAGGCCAAUGAGCAGAAGAUCGAGGAUCGCAUAGCAAACUGUAAGGCCACGCAUGCAAAAAACCUCGAGGAUGUCGAGAUCAUUGAAAGCUCCGUGAAAGAGAUGCAGCAGCAGAUCGAUGCUGAGAUGGGUGGCUCCAUCAAAAAUCUGGAAACACAGCUCAGCGCAAAGCGGGCACUGGAGGCCACCGCAUCGGGUAGCUUAAAGGCGGCCCAGGGAACAAUCCAGCAAGAUGAGAAAAAGAUUCGCAUGGCCUCCAAAAAUAUAGAGGAUGAUGUACGAGCCCUGACCAAAAAAGAAGCGGAUAUGGCCAAGGUACAGGGCGAGUUUGAAAGCCUCAAGGAGGCCGAUGCCACAGACUCCAAAGCUUAUGAAGAUGCCCAAAAAAAACUGGAGGCUGUAUCGCAGGGUUUGUCCACCAAUGAAGACGGACAGGCCUCAACACUGCAAGAACAACUGAUGGUGGCCAAGGAGCAGUUCAGCGAAGCACAGACCACCAUUAAGACAUCUGAGAUGGAGCUACGGCAUACGCGGGGUGUCCUAAAACAGCGUGAGGGUGAGACACAGACCAACGAUGCCGCUUACGUAAAGGACAAGGGCCUGCAUGAUCAGUUGGUGGUAGAGAUUAAGAACUUGGAACGGCAACUCCAAGGUCUCAACUACGAGGGCGGCCAAUUCGAACAGCUAAAGCAGCGACGAAAUGAUCUGCAUAUGCGCAAACGCGAGCUCAAACGAGAGUUGGAUCGCUGCAAUGCAUCCCGCUAUGACUUGCAGUACCAGGAUCCAGAUCCCAACUUUGAUAGGCGAAAGGUGCGCGGCAUGGUGGGCAAGCUGUUCCAGCUGAACGACAUGAAAAACUCCAUGGCUCUUGUCCAGGCGGCAGGAGGAAGUUUAUACAGCUAUGUGACGGAUGACGAUGUGACCAGUAAGAAAAUCCUGCAGAGGGGCAACCUGCAGCGCCGUGUCACACUUCUUCCCAUUAACAAGAUUCAGUCCAACUCGCUAAGUAGAAAUGUUGUGGAAUACGCCCAGAACAAAGUUGGUCCUGAAAAUGUUCAGUGGGCCUUGUCGCUCAUAAGCUACGAUCGCUUCUUCGAGCCUGUAAUGAAGUAUUGCUUUGGCGGAACACUUAUUUGCAAGGAUCUUGAUGUAGCCAAAGAAGUCAGCUACGAUCCACGAAUUAAUUGUCGCUCUGUGACUUUGGAGGGAGAUGUUGUAGAUCCACAUGGCACUGUGUCCGGAGGUGCUGCUCCCAAGGGUGCCAACGUCCUUGAAGAAUUGUACGCCAUCAAGAAAUUAGAAAGAGAGUACAGGGAGAUUGACGCAGAGAUAUCAGAAGUGGAACAGCAAAUAGCAUCCAUUGAAAACCUGGCCCACUCGUUCAACAAAAUGAAGGAGAACCUUGAGUUGCGCCAGCACGAGCUAACCAUGUGCGAGAACAGGUUGGCCCAAACGACCUUUCAGCAGAAUCAGGCUGAAAUCGAAGAGAUGAAGGAGAGAGUCAAGACCCUAGAGCAGCAAAUUGUAGACUCCCGGGAGAAGCAGAAGACCUCGCAGGCCAAAAUCAAGGAUAUUGAGGCCAAGUUGGCAGACGCCAAGGGCUAUCGGGAGAGAGAAUUAAAAGCGGCCACCAACGAGGUGAAGGUGACAAAGCAGCGGGCGGAGAAAUCGCGGGCCAACUGGAAGAAGCGAGAGCAGGAGUUCGAAACACUUCAACUGGAGAUCACAGAGCUAAAGAAAACUAUAGAAACAGCGAAGCAACAGCACCAGGAAAUGAUUGACAAUCUGGAAAAGUUUAAGGCCGAGCUAGAUGCCCUGAAAGCGAAUAGCUCCAGUGCUGCUUCUGAGGUGUCGGAGCUCGAACAGGCCAUUAAGAUGCAGAAAGACAAGCUGAACGCUCAGAACAAGGAGAUGCGAAAUCAGCUGGUCAAGAAGGACAAAAUGCUGAAACAGAAUCAGGAGAUUGAGCUGGAGGUGAAGAAGAAGGAGAACGAGCAAAAAAAGAUUAGUUCGGAGGCCAAGGAGGCAAAGAAAAGGAUGGAAGCCCUUGAAACGAAAUAUCCCUGGAUCCCAGAAGAAAAGAACUGCUUUGGCAUGAAGAACACCCGCUACGAUUAUAGCAAGGAGGAUCCCCACGAGGCUGGCAAUAAGUUGGCGAAAAUGCAAGAGAAAAAAGACAAAAUGGAGCGCACCCUCAAUAUGAACGCCAUCAUGGUGCUGGAUCGUGAAGAGGAGAACUUCAAGGAGACCGAACGCCGACGCAACAUUGUGGCGAUGGACAAGGAGAAGAUCAAGAAGAUCAUCGUAAAGAUGGACGAAGAAGAGCAGGAUCAACUGAACCGAGCUGCUACCGAGGUUAACGCAAACUUUAGUGGAAUCUUUAGCUCCCUUCUUCCAGGAGCUGAUGCGAAACUCAAUCCUGUCCAUACGAAUGGUUGCCUGACCGGCUUGGAGAUCAAAGUGGGUUUUAAUGGAAAGUGGAAGGAAAGCCUGGGUGAGCUUUCGGGUGGUCAAAAGUCCCUGGUGGCUCUAUCCCUUGUCCUGGCCAUGUUGAAGUUCUCACCGGCUCCAUUGUAUAUAUUGGAUGAGGUAGACGCAGCUCUGGACAUGUCGCACACCCAGAACAUUGGAAGCAUGCUGAAGCAGCACUUCACCAACUCGCAGUUCUUGAUUGUAUCCCUUAAGGAUGGACUCUUCAACCAUGCCAAUGUCCUCUUCCGCACUCUCUUCGAGGAAGGUGUGUCCACCAUCACCAGGCAGGUCAGCAGGCAGGCGACCACCAACAGACGCUGACCUUGGGUUCGGCUAAUUUAUUAUUUAUAAUGUUUUAAUUUUAAUUAAUUUUCCUACAGUCCCCAUAUUAAAUUUGCAUAUAGUUAUUACUUUAUAAAUAGAGUGUAAACUUAUGUACUAAACAGAGUUCUU